AUGCUUCGUGAUCUUGAAGAGCUUCGAAUAAGUGAUUGUGGUAUAGAGGUGAUUGUUGCAAAAGAUCAAGUUUCAGAAUCUUGCUCCUCUGUUGAGUUUCCCAGGUUGACUUUCCUUGAGCUUUCUUCGCUUAGAAAUUUGAGGAAUUUCUAUCCACAGAGACACACAUUAGAAUGGCCACAUCUUUAUCGAUUAUCUAUUGAAGGUUGUGAUGAAUUGGAGAUAUUUGAAAAGGAAGUCUCAAGUUCAUUAGAAAUACAUGAGGAAGGGAGCUCAUUAGACUCAAAAUAUCCUCUACUGUCCCAUGACAAGGUCACUCAUAAUUUGGAGGAGUUGACAUUGUGGGGUAAAGGAGCUGAGAUGAUAGGGAGUGGCCAGCUUUCAAUGUACCGCUUCCCCAAAGAAGGAGAGGAUGAUGAAGAUGAGGAAGUCGUUUUCAGCAAGUUGCAGCAUUUGAAAGUUGAACGGUUACCAGAAUUGAAGAGAUUUUGCGGCUACAAUUAUGCUUUCAGAUUUCCGUUAUUGGAACAGCUGAUCAUAACAAAAUGUCCGAGAUUCAAAGUAUUCUCUCCAGGACUCAUUGACACACCAUCUCUUAAAAGCGUUCUACUGUCACAAGAUGGGUUUGGAAAACAUCAUGAAAUUUGGGACACCAAUCUUAACAAAACAUUCUACCAACAGAGAUUUGCGGCAUCAAGAGAGAUGGAGUUAGAUGAGUAUGAUGUUAGCAUGAUAAGGAAUGACCAAUUUCCAGCAGAUUGUUUUGCUCAAAUGGAAAUUCUGGGCAUAGUAGGAUUUGAUGAUGAAGGGGCAACAUUUCUGCAUACAUUGCUUGAAAGAUUUCCGCGGCUGACUGAACUUCGUGUGAAGGAUAGUUCUUUCGAGGAGAUAGUCCCAUCAGCCAUUGUUCAUCAAAUUCAACAACUUCAUAAUUUGACAGUUUUGAAGGUGUCCCAAUGUCAUCAGCUCAUCUAUUUAAUGACAAAUUCAGCCGCCAAAAGUUUGGUGAAUCUUGAAACGUUGGAAAUAGAGAAUUGCAAAAAGAUGGAGGAAAUUGUAAAGAAUGAGAAUAAUGAAGAUGUGGAAGGUGGAAUCACGUUCAGUGCGUUGAGAAGAUUAAAACUCAGUCGUCUACCAAGAUUAAAAGCGGAAGAGCAUAAAACGGAUUUCAACAUUGAAGACCCAGCAACAAAUAAUCAUAAGGUGUCAUUCCAAAAGUUAGAGAUAUUAGAAUUAGACUCUUUAAACAGUCUGGUUCCGCCGAUAUGGGAUGACAAACCUUCACACAACUCAUUUAGCAGCUUGAAAACAUUGAGUGUGAGUAAUUGUGACAUUGUGAAAUUGGUGCCCCUUCAUGUGCUGAAAUAUUUAAACAACUUGGAAGAACUGGAAGUCGAGUUUUGUGACAUGUUGGAGACAGUGUUUUAUUUUGAAGAUUUAAAUGAUUAUAAAGAGAUUCUGUCAUCACCGAUGGCUGUGCCACUGAAAAAGUUGAGGUUAAAGUAUUUGCCAAAAUUGAAGAAUGUGUUGAGAAAUAAUCAUAGCCAAGGAGCAAUAAACUUGGCAUCAUCCUCAUGCCAUCAAAAUCAAAUUGAAGAAAUUAUAGCGAGACAGGAAGAAGAGGACAAUGAGGACACGGAAAUCAUUUUCAGCAAAUUGGAGCUUUUGGAACUUGAUGGAUUACCAAGAUUGAAGAGAUUUUGCAGCCAAAAUUAUACUUUCAAGUUUCCAUUAUUACAAUCUGUAACCAUAACAAAGUGCCCUCAACUCACGGCAUUCUGUUCCGGAGCCAUUCAUGCCCCGCAGCUUCAAAAUGUUCAAGUGACCCGUGAAUAUGGAGAAUCUCACAUAGAUAUUUGGAUGACUGAUCUUAAUGCCACCAUCCAACACCGGUUUACUAUUCAAGAGGUAAUUUCCACAACCGAAAGCAUGGCUUUAAAUGCAAAGAAUAUCACGAUAAUAAGGGAUGUCUUUCCUGAAGUGAGAACUCUUUAUGUAGAAAGCUUCAAGGAUGAAGGGGUAACCUUUCCCUGUAGCUCCCUUGAAAAAUUUCCCAAGUUGAAUAGGCUUUAUGUGGAGCAUAGUUCCUUUGAGGAGGUAUUCCCCCCACAGGAUGAGAUUAUCAAUUUUAGGGGGGAAAUCCCACCAUUUAAGGAAUUACACAUUGCCUAUUUGGAUCAACUCAAGAGCAUAUGGAAGGAUGACUCUCAGCUACCACCAAAUCAUCAAGACCUAAUAACAUGCCUGGAAGUUGAAAGCUGUCAUAGCUUGUUCAAGUUGGUACCAUCCUCUGCUUCAUUUCAAAAUUUGCAGGAGUUGUCUAUAUCUGGAUGUCAUCAACUCGUCUAUUUGGUGACAAGUUCAACUGCCAAAAGCUUGGUGAGUCUUGAAUGGUUGGAGAUAAAUGAUUGCAAAAAGAUGGAGGAAAUUGUAUUGAAUGAGAGCAAUGAAGGUGUAGAAGGUGGAAUCACAUUCAACCAAUUGUGGUGCAUCAAACUUGCUGAUAUGCCAAGCUUGAAGAUGUUCUCUUCACAGAGUCAGACACUUGAAUUCCCUGAAUUAGAAGAGAUAGAAAUAACCAGAUGUCCUGAAAUGAAGGUGUUAUGUUCAGAAGUGUUGGAAACACCAAAGUUGUUUAGAGUAAAAAUAGAAGAGCAUGAGAUGGAGUGGAAGGAUAAAGGGGACCUUAACAAAACAGUAGAAAUGCUAUCCUCAGCAAAGGUAUGA